AUGACUGUAGGGCAGAAUAAAAUCCUAGAUAAAACACUGCAAAAGUGCCGCAAUAUUGAAAUUAUUAAAUGGUUAGAUGAAAACUAUACCGUUAAUGAAGGUGUUUGUAUGCCGCGAUGUAUACUUUACGGUCAUUAUUUGGAGUUUUGUCGAGCUAGAAAUGUUAUAGCCGCCUGCCCAGCUACCUUUGGCAAGACCAUCCGUCAGAAAUUUCCAAAUCUUACUACCAGAAGACUUGGAACGCGUGGAAAAUCGAAAUAUCAUUAUUAUGGAAUUGGAAUCAAAGAAUCCUCACCAUAUUAUAAUGGCUUGCACUCUUUUUCCGGUUUGACAAGAUUUUCUGGAGGAAGAACAGCUGAUCAAGGCCAGUAUCUUAGCGAAAAUACUGGUACUUUGCUUCCCCCGUUUCCUAGCGCUAAGCGGUUAGUUUUUCCGUCAAACAUUCCUACAGCCAAAGUGGAUACAUUCUUUAUAAUGUAUAAAACGCAUUGUCAAUGCGUAUUAAAUGCGGUUAUCAAUGCAAACUUCGAUCAGAUUGAUACAUUUUUAUGCCAUUUUUGGCAAGGCAUUCCAACACACUUGAUAUCGUUGAUGAAAGAACCCGCCGUUAUUGACAUAGUUUGCUAUUACGAUCAUACGUUAUACAAGGUUUUAAACGACAUUAUGAUCCCUAAAGCGAUGCAAGCAGCGUCUGGACAUAUUCUAUCUGAAAUACGGACCAUGGUGAAACGAUUUGAAUCUUGGGUGGUCACAGCCCUGAAAAAUCUACCUGAAACUUUGUUGAAACGAAAAUUAAUAGUUGCCACUCACUUUAUUCAUAGCUUACGACGACAAACCUCCUUUAUAUUUUUGAUGCUGGAAUGGCAAAGACUUUACGAAAAGCCAGAAUUACAAACUAAAAUUGUCCAUUGUGUCAAGGGCAUCAAAGUAAAAACUAAUGAUAUCGAACAUGAAUCGACUAAUCAGGAUACUACUAUAAUUUAUGAAGUGAUAUCAACUUGGAAAAAGCUGAUGGCCAAUAAAUCAUCAAUAAAUGGUUACAUCGAAUGGCUAGAUGAUCUUGUCAAGCACGAAGUUGCUAAGAAUGGACUAAUGCGAUUAGACGAAUAUCAACCCUACGCUUGCCAUUUCUUGGCUUUAUGGUCGAAAGCAACUCAAUUUGUUAGUACGCGAAUGAAGGGCUGCGAACCAAGUGUAUGCGAUGCCAUUCAUACUUUGAAAAUGAUGUUAAAUGAAUAUCUGUGCCUUGCAAUGGAAUCGAAAUAUUAUCGAAAUCUAGAUUCGGAUAUGCAGGAAAGCUUAAACAAAUAUUAUAUGAAAGAUGACCAACUAUAUGAAAUUCCUAGCAUUGCAUCCGACGAUCCAUUUUUAGAUCCUUCAUCUGAAACUGGUACUAGUGAAUCUGAUAUCGAUGAAGAGCAAUCUCAUUUAGAUUAUACCCACGGCAAUCGAUCUAUGGAUGACUGUUACUCAAUUUCAUCAUCACCAGUAUCAGUAUCUUGCAUAACUGAUGAUACUGAGCACACACCCGAUUGUUCUUCUGCAUCAACAAGUGGCAAUGUUUCUCCGCAACUACUUACCAGCUACACGGAAAAGUCGAAUACCGCUAAUAUGGAAUUAUCCUAUCGGCAAAAUUUGGACAGUAUUCCAGAUUUAGAUAGUUACUUGGUAGUAUCGAUCAAUAGUUCCAAUCCAACCCAAACCGAUCCAACGUUAGCAUGGCAAAAUACAGCGUUAAAACGAUCUCAGCUCCAAGAUUUCGAUAAAUAUCGUCGUCCUUUUUAUCAUCACUGUCAUAACAGUAGUACUAUGCACGUUGAUGGAAUGCUAACAUCAUCGUCUCGGGUUAAUCGGAAUAAAGAAUUGUCGCUAACAUCUACACAACAGCAAUCUUUAACCGAUAAAAAUAGGCAUAAAUUAGCUUAUAAAGAUUCUAAUUAUCAAGUCAAAAUCUCAACUACAGAAUGUCAACCCAUCUCUUAUUUUGAUCAAGUCUUCAGUAGUAGCAGUAUUGGUGAUACAAGUGAUUCAUUAGCGAUAUCAGAUGAUGAUAUUUCCAACGAAAUUGAUAAAUCAUCUAUAGAUACUCUAUUGUAUCCUAAUAGUAUUGAAAAUGAUGAUAUUAUUAAUUCCGCUUACGAUCCUUAUUUAACAUAUGGACAGCUACAAAAUAGCAGCAGCCUUAUGACGAAUCAAGAAGAAAUCGUCGACCUUACAAGCUGGUAG